UCUUAAGAGCUUCUUUUGUGUUCUCUUCAGGUUACUACAUGGGGAUGUGUAUUGCUGCUCCAGAAAAAAACCUAGGAUACAUUCACCAGUUGACCAGCUGGUUACUUGUCAUCUACUGGUCCCGCCGGCACUGGCACAACCAUCCAAUUAGCCGGGUCUUGCAGGCCCACAUACAGCCUCCUUACUCCAGUUGGGGCUCAGUGGCAACCAGCGUCAACGAUGAGUUCAGACGCAUAGAUAAGUUUGCUACAGGCGCGCCUGGAACCAGAGUUAUCGUUACUGACAGCUGGGUGUUAAAGGUGACCACCUAUCAUGUCUACAUGGCCUUACAGAGUGAAUGCCAUGUGACAGUCACAGAGUCCAGACAGCACCAGCUGAGUCCAGACUCGGCUUCCCCCACACAGAUAUUGACCCUGCGAGUGGACAGCAUUAACCCUGCUGUCAGAGCUUUUGAUAUCAGGCUCAACUCUACAGAGCAUGCAGAGCUCAGAGAGAAACUCCAUGCACCCAUCAGAAACUCUGCCAAUGUUGUGAUCCACCAAACCAUAAGUGAACUCUUCCUUGAAACAUUUAGAGCCCAGGUGGACCUCAAUCAACCGUACACACUUCCCACUGGACAGGAGAUGGAGCCCUGUAUAGGCUGUAUGCAGGUUCCAGCAAGCACCAAGCUGGUCAAACUCUGCCAUACAGCAGGAGGAGAUAAUGAGUUGGAGUGCCAGCAGUGUUUCUGCAGACCAAUGUGGUGUCUGUCCUGUCUUGGUCGAUGGUUCGCCAGCCGCCAAGACCAGCAAAGACCCGAGACCUGGUUGUCUAGCAGAGUCCCCUGCCCCACCUGUAGAGCCAAAUUCUGUAUACUGGACAUCUGCAUGGUCCACUGACAAGAAACACAAAUACAGAUCCAAACAGACCUUUUACGCUCUAAAUAAUGUUAAUGUGUGUUUUUAUCCAACAUUUAGCAAAAAGACUCUGAAGAGAAGCAGUGGACAGGACAAUGGACUGAACCUAGUUAUGUACCUUUAGUCUAUUCUGUGCUUUCAAUAAGGAAUGAUAAUUUACAGUAUCACUUACUACAGUAAUUACAAUGCUCUGAAAAACAUUCAUUUUGAACCCCAAUAUAGUGUUAAAUGCCAUAAUCAGUGUGACAUUUUGGGAGAUGUGUUUGUUUGGUUUUUGAACCCCAGUCAGAUAUGAGGCAUCAUAUCAGUUAACCUGAAUCUGCAGUCAGUAAAGAGACAUCCAAUAUGUGUUUUGGUUAGUGAAAAAAAAACUUAACCCUUUUAACAGUGACCAGAACCUGUAUAACUGGUCAUCCACUUCAGAAUGUUCUUUAGACCCGACAUAAAACUGACAUCAAAAUGUAAGUAGCCUUUAAGAGCAAAUCUCAAGUUAUCACUUGGUUAUGCACAUGUAUACUCAGAGCUGUUAAGGAUUUAACAACUUUCAUCUGCCUCAAUGUUUAUUCUUUCACAAAUCCUUAUAUGUUCUCAGUAAUAAUGUUAUUCUGCGAAAGCUCAAUUUAUAUUUUUAAUUUUAAAUAGUAACUUGCAGGUUGGAGACCCCAGUAAAUUAAUGUUUAGGGUAAUGCUGUAGAAACUAUAUCUCCAGGAGAGGUGAGAUGCAUCCAUAAACACAACA